AUGUACGCGCGCUACCGCACCCGUUCUCGCUUCUACAAGCGCCCGGAAAAGGUGUUAAAGGCGUACAACGUCUCCCCUAAUCUGCUUCGCCGCCCGAUCAUCAAGAAAGGCCUUUUGAACGGGGUUUACACCGACGAAACGGUCGACCUCCGCGAUCGCGAGCGGCUGGAGAUGCUGGAGGCGAUCCGCCAUCCUCGGGAGCGGGAUUUCUACCAAGACCACACCUACCACAACCAGUGGGUCUCCCGAGAAUUGGAAAAGCACCAGAAGAACGAUCUCGCCUCGCGGUAUCGCUUUUUCUCCCCCAAUUAUGAAAUCUCGCCGUGGAUAUGGUAUCCGGGGGAUUUGGUGGAGGUCGUUUCCGGCGAGGCCGCCGGCCAACGCGGGGUGAUCCUCGCGGUCGUGAAAUACGCGAAUCAAAUCAUCGUGCGCGAUAUAAACGUGCGGGAUGUCGUCAUCCCGGCCUCGGAAGGUCGCCCGGAGCAGAUCCUUCGACGGGAGCACCCGAUCCGCGUCACGCGCGUUCGCCACGUCGAUCCCUCGACCGGGGAGCUUUGCCAUCUUGAGGAGGUCUCGAUUCGCAAUCGUCGAACCGGGGUGGAGGAAAAAUCGCGAGUUUGCGUUGAAUCCGGCGUCCUGUUGCCCAUCCCCCCGCGCGAGGACGACCUCGCGGUGGGGGAUCCCCUGAAAGAUACGCCGUUGAUGGAUGCGGAGGAAAUCACGUACGACGCCGCGGCGGAGCUCCCUCGCCUCGUGGAGGCCCGUCUGCACGCGAUGGAGACGUACUUCGUGGGCACCCUGCGCGAGGCCUACGAGUUUCACCACCCCCUCCGCGUGGAAAACGGCGAGGCGAUGCGGGCGUUUCAACUCGCGGUGGUCGAAACGGCAGCGGAGAAGCUCGCGCGGAAGAUCGCCACCCCUUCCGCUUCUUCCGCCUUCUCCGGCGAAAACGACAUCGAAAUGGAAAAAAAAGAAGAAGAAGAAGAAAUGCCGUCGUGGUGGCGAGAAAUGGCGGCGCCCUACGUCGAGCAAUUGGCGGAGGAAGAAGAGGAGCAGCGAAGACGCGAGGCGGCCGCGGCGGAGCAGAAAAACCGGGAAGAAGCAGCGGAAUCCUUCACCCCUCGCAACGACGACGAGGAGGAGGAAGUGGAGGAGAUUUCGAGCGAAGAGGUGGAAGAAGUGGAGGAGGGGGAGGGAGAAUAG